UGGCGGUGGCUGGAGCUGACUCGAGCUCGGCUCUCGGUCGGCCUGUAGAGCCUCGAACCCGCAUCCAUAAGGCUUUGCUUUCCAACUUCAGCUACAGUGUUAGCUAAGUUUGGAAAGAAGACAGAAAGAAAACCCCGAGGAUUUUCCCCCUUUCUCCUGUUUUCUCUCUCUCUUUUUUCUUGUUUUUGCCAUCAUUGUCUUUAGGGGUGUUUCUGCACAAGGCAGCUGUGGUUUCCGCGGUGCUACCUCCAGUUCUUCGCACUCCUGUUGACGAAUAUUUCAACAAGAGCGGCGGCAGCAGCAGCAGAGCCAGCAAGGGGCACCUGGUGUCAUGACCAGGGAAAGAGAUCAAAACCGCCAGGGAGGAUGCUGUGCGAACUACCUGACCUCUGCAAAAUUCCUUCUCUACCUUAGUCAUUCUCUCUCAACAUGGGGAGAUCGAAUGUGGCACUUCGCAGUGUCUGUAUUUCUGGUGGAGCUCUAUGGAAACAGCCUCCUCUUGACUGCUGUCUAUGGCCUGGUGGUGGCAGGAUCUGUUCUGCUCUUGGGAGCCCUCAUUGGGGAUUGGGUGGAUAAGAAUGCCAGACUUAAAGUGGCCCAGACCUCACUGGUGGUGCAGAAUGUUUCUGUCAUCCUGUGUGGCAUCAUCCUGAUGAUGGUUUUCUUACAUAAACAUGAGCUUCUGACCAUAUAUCGUGGAUGGCUUCUUACUUCCUGCUAUAUCCUGAUCAUCACUAUUGCCAACAUUGCGAAUCUGGCCAGCACUGCAACAGCCAUCACUAUCCAAAGGGACUGGAUUGUUGUUGUUGCAGGAGGAGACAGAAGCAAAUUAGCAGAUAUGAAUGCUACCAUACGAAGAAUUGAUCAGUUAACCAACAUCUUGGCUCCCAUGGCUGUUGGCCAGAUUAUGACAUUUGGCUCCCCUGUCAUCGGCUGUGGCUUCAUUUCGGGAUGGAAUUUGGUGUCCAUGUGUGUCGAAUACUUUCUGCUCUGGAAGGUUUACCAGAAGACCCCUGCUCUUGCUGUGAAAGCUGCUCUGAAAGUCGAGGAGACUGAAUUGAAGCAGCUAAAUUUACACAAAGAUACUGAGCCAAAACCCUUGGAGGGAACUCACCUAAUGGGUGAGAAAGAUCCAAACAUCCAUGAGCUUGAACAUGAGCAAGAACCUACCUGUGCCUCCCAGAUCACUGAGCCCUUCCGCACCUUUCGAGAUGGCUGGGUCUCCUACUACAGGCAGCCAGUGUUCCUGGCUGGCAUGGGUCUUGCUUUCCUUUACAUGACUGUCCUGGGCUUUGACUGCAUCACCACAGGCUAUGCCUACACUCAGGGGCUGACUGGCUCCAUCCUCAGUAUUUUGAUGGGAGCAUCAGCAAUAACUGGAAUCAUGGGAACUGUGGCUUUUACUUGGCUGCGUCGGAAAUGUGGCCUGAUUCAAACCGGUAUGAUCUCAGGACUGGCACAGCUCUCCUGUUUGAUCUUGUGUGUGGCCUCGGUAUUUGCGCCUGGGAGUCCCAUGGACUUGUCUGUGUCUCCCUUUGAAGAUAUCCGUUCUAGGUUCAUUCAAGGAGAGCCACUGCCCACUGCAACCAAAAUACCUGAAACUGCCUUUACAACUGAAACUCUCAUGUCAAACGGGUCUAAUCCUGUUCCUGUUGUCCCAGAGACGAGUAGCCAUCCCAUUUCCCUGAUUUCUGUCAGUCUGCUGUUUGCAGGCGUGAUUGCUGCUAGAAUUGGUCUUUGGUCCUUUGAUUUAACUGUGACACAAUUGCUGCAAGAAAAUGUAAUUGAAUCUGAAAGGGGCAUUAUCAAUGGUGUACAGAACUCCAUGAAUUAUCUCCUAGACCUUCUGCAUUUCAUCAUGGUUAUUCUGGCCCCCAACCCUGAAGCUUUUGGCUUGCUCGUAUUGAUUUCAGUCUCCUUUGUGGCAAUGGGCCACAUCAUGUAUUUCCGAUUUGCCCAAAAGACUCUGGGCAAUCAGCUCUUUGUUUGUGGUCCUGAUGAAAAAGAAGUUGCAAACGAGAAUGAAGCGGAUGCAUCUGUUGUAUAAGACAGUUUAACUGUAACUAUCGCUGUUACUAGACUGUGUAGAGCACAUGUGUUUAUUUUGUACUUCAGAAUUCCAGUAAGCAGCCGGCCAUUUUGCUCUAGUCUUAUUAUACCUGCGCCUUGAGGGCAGGCCAUGAGCUAAGAACCAAGGUCAGCAGAAAUAAGCACCUUUACAGAUUGUAUGGGAAAAAAUUGAAGUUCCUGCUUGUAUUUGGAGCCAAUAAUGAUGACACUGAAUUCUCCUAUCCUGAACAGAGAAAAAUUCACAUUAAACAGUGGUUCCAUUAUCAUUUGGUAGAUACUUAUUAUCUGGACUAGAUAUUAGAAACAUUAGUUUUCCCUAAAAUUCACUCUUGCUCAAGUCUGCAAAAUUUACUUUUAUGCAUCUUCUUCUCAGUUGUAUUAUACAGCAAGUAAGUUCUCCAAGUAUGAAGAUUUAAAUUUGGAUAGCCAGUAUUAUCCUUAUCGAUCCUAUCGAUCUUAAGGGACUUCCUGUAUGUGAAAAGAAAUGAAAUACUUAACUAGAAUUUUCUAAUAAGGCUCCUGGUUUAAUCUAUGAGAACACCUUUGCAAUUUUAUUAUCAGGUAGUGAAAAAUAUUGUACUAAGCAUAUUUAGCACUUCAUAUAAUGGCUAUAUGUAAGCUGCACGUAGAAGCAAAGCUAUAGAUUUAUAUCAUAGUGAUUGCAUAAGACCUUCAAAUACUUCAGUAGAUUGUCACAAAGCCAAAGCUUAAAGCUAUACAAGAGGACAAGAUCUUGAUUUAACUUGGACCGCUACCAGGAAUCUGUCUCUGCAAUGUGAGAGAGUGUCUUAAACCUGGCAAGUUACAUGUGCAAAGGUAGCUCACACUUAGGUUUUGCUUUAGAAAUCAUUUGAUUUCUUUCAACACUUGGGUAGAGCAUUUUUAUGUUUUAUUGUUCUAUAACCAAGAAUUUUCUGUCAUUCUAGAGCAAGAAUGUUCACAAAACCAUUUUUUUUUCCGAAAUCUGAGUAGCAGCAGAGGAGGGAAUAAAGAACGUUUGUAUGGAUUUUUUAAAAACUGUUUUACAAGUCAUUUGCAACAAGCCAGUACCAACAUGGUACUUUGCCUUAACUGUUUAUGCACUUUCACGGAGACUGCAAUACGUUGCUCUGAGCACUUUCUUAAUCCUUGAUGUUUAAUCUUGUUCUCAUCCUCCUACAGUAUGACAAUGAUUUCCUAUGUUGUAAAAUCUUUGUAAUAUUUCUAUAUAAAA